UUAGGUUGGAAGGAAGUGUUAGAAUUUGGUGUCAUUGAGACGGGAAGAACAAAAUACCUUAGAGAUAGCUUGAAAUUGGCUAAAAUACUCAGAAACACUUUAGCACAGCUUGUAGUGGAAUGCAAAAGUGAUUAA